UUAAUGCAUGUAGGAAGGGUGCCUUGCCUUACAAAGGGACGAUGAAGCUCUGAAGCUGGCAUAACAAAACAUGGCUCCUCUCACUCCCAGGCUUGUAGUGCCCAUAGAUGUAAAGAAGCAGCCAUGGGAGCAGGAGGUUCCUCUCCACAACCGCUGGCACCCGGAUAUCCCUCCGGUCGCCGAUGUGACUCAAGGGGAAUUAUUCCGUGUUGAGAUGGUCGAUUGCACCGGUGGGCAGGUUAGAGAUGAUGACUCGGCAGACGAUAUCAAAUCUCUGGAUUUUGCAUCGCCUCACUAUCUCAGUGGCCCCCUUAGAGUAGUCGAUGCCGAAGGGGUUCCAGCUUCACCUGGUGAUCUUCUUGCGGUGGAGAUCUGCAACCUCGGCCCGCUUCCCGGUGACGAGUGGGGUUAUACUGGAACAUUUGAAAGGGAGCACGGAGGCGGGUUCUUAACUGACCACUUCCCGAGUGCAAGAAAAGCCAUUUGGUAUUUCGAAGGAAUUUACGCGCACUCCCCUCAGAUACCAGGUGUUCGGUUUCCGGGGUUAACUCAUCCUGGUAUAGUGGGAACUGCACCGUCAGCCGAGCUUCUCAAUAUAUGGAACCAAAGGGAAAGAGAAUUGGUCGAGGCGGGUCAUGAGUCUCUGAAAUUGUGUCAAGUUCUACACCAGAGACCUCUUGCUAGCUUACCAACCUCCCACAACUGCUUACUUGGGAAGAUGCAAGAAGGGACUGCUGAAUGGGAAAAAAUUGCAAAUGAAGCAGCAAGAACGAUUCCUGGAAGAGAGAAUGGGGGUAACUGUGACAUAAAGAAUCUAAGCAGAGGUUCCAAAGUUUAUCUACCAGUAUUUGUUGAAGGAGCAAAUUUGAGUACUGGUGAUAUGCACUUCUCCCAAGGUGAUGGUGAAGUCUCAUUUUGCGGAGCAAUAGAAAUGAGUGGAUUCCUUGAGCUAAAGUGUGAAAUCAUAAGAGGUGGCAUGAAGGAAUACUUGACUCCUAUUGGUCCAACACCACUUCAUGUAAAUCCUAUCUUUGAGAUAGGUCCGGUGGAGCCGCGUUUCUCAGAAUGGUUAGUCUUCGAGGGCAUCAGCGUGGAUGAGUCGGGAAAACAACAUUUCCUUGAUGCAUCAGUUGCCUACAAGCGUGCAGUUCUCAACGCCAUUGAGUACCUUUCUAGAUUUGGGUACUCCAAGGAGCAGGUCUAUAUUUUACUGUCAUGUUGUCCAUGUGAAGGUAGGAUAUCUGGAAUAGUAGACGCCCCUAAUGCAGUGGCGACACUUGCCAUCCCUACAGCGAUAUUCGACCAGGAUAUAAAGCCAAAACGCCUGGGGAAUGGACCAAAGUUGAGAAGAUUUCCGGAUGUUUUGAGAUGAACGUACAUGGGAACAUAUAUGUUAGCACAAGACCAAGGCGGUACAAGGGCACCACAACGUCAAAUAUCUAAAGUAAUGCGUGAUCAUGUAUUCAUGUUUACACUAUUGUCUAAUAAUAAAUCUAAAUAACCAUCUUUAUUAUUUGAACAAUCAUUUCUGCAUGUGCUGUUGUUGUAAUGUGGGAUUUCUUGAUUCUGGACACUUGAAAAUUUAUAAAUCAGACGUAUAUAUAUGAAGAUACAUAUAUGCCAUAAUGUCUAUCUUGCUGCAAA